AUGGGCGCUGCGGGCCGGGGCGCGGAGCGGUGGGCGGCCGUGGUGGCGUUUCUCUCACCCCAGCGGUGUGGACGGAGCCACACGCCCUCCGAACAACAACGGCUCUGGCGUGCAUCUUCCAGUGUUUGUUCUGUUGGAGAGCCCAGCAGAGCUGCAGCUCCUCCCACGCCAGCCCUGAGCUGA